AUGAGCAUCUCAUCGCACCACACUACAGUAAUUAUGGCACGGACCAGGUCUCAAAAGGGGUCUUCUUCGCCUUCAGCAAAGGCUGUGAGCUCACCAAAGGUACUGAAGGUUGCCAAGUCCAAAAAGGCAGAAGCCAAACCAUCUCCAAAGGCUUCCAAAGCGAAGAAACCAGUUGCCCCAAAAGAGAACGAUUUAUCUUCGGCCCGUAUUUUGAAGGCAGUGAAAGCACUCUCCAAGUUUGCCGCCGGUGCAGACAACGAAAAAGAGUCUAGUAACGGAAAGGCUCAAUUAUUCGACGACAAUGAUGAAAACAAGUCGGUGUUUGUGCAAAUAAAUACCAAGAAGUUUCAAGCAUCCAAACCCAACUUCAAACCCAAGACCAUUAAGCUCUCACAUCUGAUGUACGAAGAUGGUGAAAACAACUUCAAAGUGUGUUUGAUAUUGCGUGACCAAUUGAUCACAUCUGAGGACCAACUCCUGAAGGUUGAAGACGCUAAUUUGCGAUCGCUUCACCAAAUUGUCCUGUUGGACACUUUAAAGAAAGAAUACAAGAACUUUGAAAAAAGACGCCAAUUCUAUUCCGAAUACGACAUGUUUCUUUUUGACGACGCAUUAAUGAACCUCAUGCCUACCUUAUUAGGGAAGACGUUUUACGGCAAGGGUAAUCUGAAAUUGCCUAUCCCUAUCAGAGUCACCUCCACUUCUAACCCAAAGACUUUGUCCCUCGAUACCGUCAAAAAUCAAUUGGAAAAGGCCUUGCUGAGCACAGCUUACUUACUUCCAGUGGGUGUAAAUAUCUCCAUUAAAGUUGGUUCUUUUGCUGGACCUCUUUCCAAUGAGGAGGUAGCUGCAAAUAUCUCGGAUGUGAUAUCUUCGUUUGAACUUUCUUCCCUCAAGAGCAUCUUACUCAAGACAGAAGCUUCUCCUGCCUUGCCAUUGUUUGAAACCGAAAAAUUGUACGACGACGAAGAUGUCAAGCAAGAGGAUGCAGAGGAGAAUGGAGAUAAAGAAUCUACUGGAGUCAAGUUGUCAACUUACGAAAAGGGUUUGUUAGAGUUGGGAGACCCCGAUGAGGUUGCAAAAUUGAUUGGUAAAAAAAUGGGACAAACCGUGCUGAAAGAACGCACAAAAAAGGUUUCCAAGGUCACCAAGCCAUCGAAGAAGACCAAGUCGUCCAAAAAGUAA